UUGCGGUUCACGCUGUUGUGUCUCACGUUUAGUUUUGUUAUGUUUACGGUGGUCACAAGUUCGGACAUGUUUCACGCGGUGGAAAACGCCAACUAUUACAUUAUAUUAUACUCGUCGUGAAACCCGGCACAAAUGGGCAUCAAGUAUUAUUACUCGCUGUUCACCGUUUGUUUCGCGGUGCUGUUCAUCAGUUGCGGUGCGUCGUCGGCAGAAGAGGAAACGUUGGACGCUUCGUAUGAGGAGACCAGGCUGCGGUCACUGUUCGACGAUGAAAGCACUCUGGAGGCGACGCACGUCGAUCACGGUAUCGGCGAGAGCGGAACGUUCAAGAGCAGCCGGCCUCUGAAGCGUUUCAUCGUGCCGAUUAGCACUACGGACCUGGGUCUGGAUAUACCCAUCGGCAGACCGUACUUCAUGCAGCCGCAGCUCCAAAAGCAGAGCCAGCCGCAGAACCAGCACCAGUACCAACCGCAGCACCAGCAGCAGAACCAGCAGCACCACCAGCAGCAGCAGCAGCAGCAGCAGCAGCAGCAGUACCACCACCAACAGCAGAGCCAAGGUCCCGCGGCGGAACACUUCGGGUUCGGGCCCACAUCCCCGGGCGGAAGCGUUAACGGGGGUGGCGGCGGUGGUGGUGGAUACGUUGAACAGUCGGAAAGUUUCUACCAAACAGGUGGAGGUGGCGUCGGUGGUGUUAGUGGCGGUAGCGGCAGCGGUGGUGAGAACGUCAAUUUCGACAAGAAUGAGUUCACCGACUUCGUUCCGUCCACCGGGUUCCGUUCACCCGUUUCUCCAUCCGUCCCAUCGUCUUCGGCCCCGUUCUCUUCCUCGCCCCAGCACCACCCACCGUCGUUCUCCGCCCUGCCGCAGCAGCUCCACUCGUCCCCGUCUCCGUUGUUCGACGAAGGGUCCAGCGGUCAGAUGUCGUUUGACCCGACCGGUUUCGACCACGACUCGCCGUCCGCCGGUUUAGGUUACCCGUCGAUCAAUGGCGGCGGAUACGACUUCCAUCACCAGCAACAGCAGCAGCAGCAGCAGCAGCAAGCGCCCGUCAUACACAAGUCCAUUUACGUGCACGUGGCGCCGCCUGACGACGAACCACCCCGAAAACAGCGCGUGAUCAUGCCCAACGUGCCGCCCAAGAAGAACUAUCAAAUCGUGUUCAUCAAGGCGCCCACGCCGCCGUCGCCGAUCGCGCCUAUCAUACCGCCACCACCGCAGCACUCAGACAAGACGCUCAUCUACGUGCUGCACCCCAAACCGGAAGAGAUGCCACCCAUACACGUACCGGCGCCGCCGGUCACGCAGCCACUCAAACCCGAGGUGUACUUCAUCAAGUACAAGAACCGCGAGGAGUCGCAUUCGGCCGGCGCUGGCGAUUACGGGUCCGGCCAAAGCGGCGUGUUGCCGUCCCCGGGCGAAGAAUUCGGCGGCGGCGGCAGCAGCAGCGUCGAUUCUUCCGGCGGGUACCUGCACAGGCGAUACGGCCGGGAAAACCAGUCGCCGUCCGCCCUUUCGGUGACCACUAAGUCGUCGCCGUCGUCGUCCAGUCAGCCGUCGCCGACGUCGUCCGCGGAGGAAGUGGUGGACGACGGCGGCGGUGACGACGUGACGACGUCGGCCGGACAACGGGAAGCGACGUCCGAAGCCGCCGCGGCCGUCGACUACUCCACCUCCGGCGAGACGGAGGUCGGUGAACUGCUCCGGGGCGGCUACAGCACCGAGUACAACGACGCGUCCGUCGACAGCACCAACCUGAGCGAGACGCACGUGGUGCCGUUCACCGACGCACCCAAAGGCAAAAACGGCCAUUGAACCCCUACCCUCCUACCCCCAAUGUCCCGUAAUCGCGGGUUCGGUUCCAAAUCGAACCGGCGUCCCGUCCGCGUGCGUGCAGCACAGACCCACCCGUCGGACGAAACACCGCUAACGUUUAACCACUUCGCCACCGCAGAGGCUAAUAUAUAUCGUUUUUCGUACUGCACCCUCAAGGAUUUUGACACACUCUAUUUUCAAACGUUAACAGUAACGAGUAACACGGUUAAAAUAGUUGGUAUUUUAGAUUUUACAUUUAAAAAAAAAUGUAAAAUUAAAAACAAAUGCCAUAGUAAGAGAAUAGAACCAAAACUCACUUUUUAAUUUCGUAUCGCACAAAGUGUGUCGUACUGCACACAAUUUUAGUUUCUGCGCCACAGUAAUCCUUAUCGCCGUAUCACAGCACCGCCGGCCGAUCGAACGUUUACCGUGGACGCAUUCUUAACGGUAGUAACCCGAAACAACGGUUACGUCUCUUAACGAUGUUAAAUUAUUAUACCGGUACGACGAAUUUCACAGACGUCGGACUUGGUUGUUUUUUUUUUUUUUAUUUUGUUUUUUUUCCUUUUAAACGAUAAUUAUGCAGUUCGACGACGGGGUACCGUGUGAUCCAUGUUUGACGUUUCAAUAUUUUUUUUUCCGUCACCGUGAUAGACUACAGGGCGUUUAAAAUAACGUUUCAUAUGGUCGUGCAUCGAAUACGUCGUGGCGCAGGAAAAAAACAAUAAUAGCCACCGGCGUAACCGUGACGUCAGGCAAAUGAAUAAUAUUAAUUGUUAUAAGUACACAUGUUAUUGAUAGUCCAUAUGAUAUUCUAUGCGCAUGUACAACCAUAUGGUUUUUGUUGUAUCGAAUUUUAUGUAACGUGUAUUAUUAUUUUUUAAAUAUAAAACUGUUGUAAUUAUUAUCA